CGGUCACACUAGUAAAUCGCAUAUGUAAACAAAAAGUCAACCACAUAAAAUGAAUCCACUUACGAAUAUGCGAAAUGUGCUUAAAUUAAGCGAACUCGAGCUUAAAAAUCCCAGUGCCAAGAGCUGGCAUGAUAUGUACCGUGACUCUGCAUGGAUAUUUAUAGCCGGCUUUCCAUACACACUCUCCGAAGGUGACAUCAUCUGCGUAUUCUCCCAGUAUGGCGAAAUUGUAAACAUAAAUCUGGUGCGAGACAGCAAAACGGGCAAAUCGAAAGGAUUUUGUUUCUUAUGCUACGAGGAUCAGCGCUCCACGGUGCUGGCCGUGGACAAUUUAAAUGGCAUCAAAAUCAUCGAUCGCACACUGCGCGUCGAUCAUGUGGCAGACUAUAAGCCACCCAAGGACAACGACAAGCUGGACGAGGAGACGUUGCGCCUUUAUAUGGAAGGAUGUGCGCCGCAGCCUGUAACUAAACCAAAACUCGUUCCCACUGAGCCCGAAUUUAGUAAAUCCAAUAAUAUAAAGCAGGAAAAAACCAAGCGCAGCAAGAGCUCCAAGGAGAAAAAACACAAAAAGCGCCGCAAUAGCUCCGAUUAGUCUGAAAAUAAUAAAUAAAGGUUUGGUCAUAAUUUGUCAUAAAGUAUGUCCGGCCCACAAAGUAUAUUCUAUAUUAAAGAAAACUCAAUCCAAGCCUGCACUUGCUUACAAACAAAUAUAUAUAUUUUUAAGAACUGAGAUUAUAAACAUUAUAGAAUUUGGUGUGCCUUUUAUAGGAACACAAAGAACAUAAUAAAUGGAAAUAAAUAUA